UGUGCGAGCGCUUGCAUUUCUCUAGUGAGUGAGUGAGAAAGAAAGAGACAGAGCGAGAGCGAGAGCGAGAUAGUGGUUGGUGUUCCGGGAGAGGGGGUAUUAUUGUCAUUCUCCCUGAUUUACCAACCCCCUUGUCCUGGUGACUGCUCUUACACGAUAAUGGACGGGGAAAGGUCUGGUGGAGUAGCGGGCGGAACGAAUCCGAAUCCAGGAGGAGGGAGCGGCGUGGGGCGCAAUCCGAACGGGCCGAAAGCUGUGCCUGGGCCAGCUACGGCAGCAGCGGCCGCGGCGGCGGCAGCAGCUGGGGCGAUGGCCGGCUCUUCCCAACCACGGGAGCCGCAGGACGGUGAAGCAGGCCUCUCACUGCCUGGGAUUUUGCACUUCAUCCAGUAUGAGUGGGGCCGCUUCCAGGCCGAGAAAUAUCGCUGGGAGGCCGAGAGAGACGAACUCAGGGCGCAGGUGGCUUUUCCAGGACAGAGGAAGGGGCAGGAGAACAUGAAGCAGGACCUGGUGCGCCGAAUCAAGAUGCUGGAGUACGCCCUCAAGCAGGAGAGGGCCAAACACCAGAAGCUGAAGGCGGGGAACGAGCAGAGCCCUGGAGAGAAGAAACCAGAGACUGAGUCUGAGCAAGUUCCCAAUGGGCCCGCGGAGUCCGACUCGGAGCCGGCCAAUCAGAUGUCGUGGAAGGAGGGACGGCAGCUGUUGCGCAAGUACCUGGAGGAGGUGGGAUACUCGGACACCAUCUUGGACAUGCGCUCCAAGCGCGUGCGCUCCCUCCUGGGGAGGACCAGCCCGGAGGCCAACGGCCCGCCCACCGAAGCAGAGCCCCACGCGGCGGGCGAGUCCCUGCUGGUCCGGCAGAUCGAGGAGCAGAUUAAGAGGAACGCUGGUAAGGAGAGCUCUAAGGAGCGUUUGCCUGGCUCUGUGCUGGACAAGCUGCCCUUCCUGCACGGCUGUGAGGAUGAGGAUGAAGACGACAGUGAUGAAGAGGAUGACUUCCAGGGCCUGGCGACGGACUGCAUCGACGCUCCGCGCAAGAGCAAGAAGCAGCGAGUGAAGUUGGGUGCUGAGCCCAUGACGGCCGAUCUGGACCCCGAGGAUGAGGAGGAUGAAGAUGACUCUGAGGAUGCGCUGAGCGAGUUUGACUUCCUGGGGUCGGGGGAGGAGGGAGAGGGGGCGGGGGAGGCGCGGAUCUCUGGGGACGGCCGGGAAUUAGAGAAUCGCAGGAACAAGCUGCAGGGCAUGAUGUCUGAUUUCCCCUCCAAACCCUCCCCGCCCCCCACUGUCCCGGGACAGUCUCGCUCUGGAGAAGGGGGCGCCCUUGGCUUCUCCUCAGACGUCUUCAUCCUGGACGCGGUUGGGGGCGGAGACAUGAACCUGGGCGAGCUGGCCGACCUCACCGUCGCCAACGACAACGACCUCACCAUCGAACUGCAGGACAGCCGGGAGGAGUUCAAGAAGACGUGGAACCCGCGCUUCACGCUGCGCAGCCACUUCGACGCCAUCCGCGCGCUGACCUUUCACCCCAGCCAGGCCGUGCUGCUGUCCGCCUCGGAGGACGGCACGCUCAAGCUGUGGAACCUCAACAAAGCCAUGCACUCCAAGAAAAAUGCAGCGCUGGAUUUUGAGCCUAUCUACACCUUCAGGGCCCACAGUGGGGCGGUGUUGUCUCUAGCCAUGGGUGAGGACGGCGAGUCCUGCUUCAGUGGAGGUCUGGACGGCUCUGUGCGAUGUUGGAAGAUUCCAGACCUGAACGUGGACCCCUACGACAACUACGACCCAGGGAUCGAGAGCAGUGUGCUUGCGGGACACGAGGAUGCGGUUUGGGGCCUGGCUUACUCCGCCCCCCACCAUCGCCUGGCGUCCUGCUCUGCCGACGGGACGGUACGCAUCUGGGACCCGCAGAACUCCGCCCCCUGCCUGUCCGUCUUCAACAAGGAGAAGGAACACGGGACCCCCACCUCGGUGGCCUUCGUCAACUCCACCCCUUUCCAGGCGGUGGUGUCCUUCGACGGGGGCGAGACGCUGCUUUACGACCUCAACACCGAGCAAAGCAUCAUGGUCCUGGAGACCCGGACGAAGGAGGGCAGCGAGCUGAUUAACCGCGUGGUCAGCCACCCCUCUCAGCCCAUCUCCAUUACCGCCCACGAGAACCGCACCAUCCGUUUCCUGGACAACAAGACCGGGAAAGUGAUUCACUCUAUGGUGGCUCACCUGGAUGCUGUCACCUGCCUAACCACGGAUCCCAAAGGCACUUACCUCGUCUCCGGCAGCCACGACUGCUCGGUGCGGCUGUGGACGCUGGAGAACCGGACGUGCGUGCAGGAGAUCACGGCGCACAGGAAGAAGCACGACGAGGCCAUCCACGACGUGGCCUUCCACCCGGCCCAGCCCUUCAUCGGCAGCGCGGGGGCCGACGCCCUCGCCAAGGUCUUCGUCUGAGGGAAAUGAAAGAACAUGGAACAACCAGAAAUCUUUCUCUUACACACAUACGUACACACACUCUCACUCUCUCAAACACACACGCUCUCGCUCUCUCUCACACACACACGCACACACACACACACACACAAAGGAGGAGCGUGGCCCACAGGUUGGGUCCAGCACCCCCUCUCCCCACCCCCACCCCCCCAUCCUCCACCCGAAGCCCCUCUACACCUCAGCGUGUGUUUUUUUUAUAUGGAUAAUUACUGCUUUUAAUACCUACCUGUGUUACUACGGCUACGGCUCGGUAGGAGUAGGUCUGGUGCACUACACGACGGGGUCUCUUCAGCGGAGCUCCGGGCGUCAGCCCCUCUCCCUGCUGCUCCCACACUACGGCGGGAGAGGGGGACGGACAGGGGGACGCGAGGAGACAGACGGACAGACACGCUCGACGCCAGGCCCCUCGCAGUAACACGGGAACGUCUAACGCGCCAGGCGCAGCCGGGAGGCGGUCUUCGCCAAACGCCCGCCGCUCAUUCCAGAACCAUCCUUUCUACGCACCCGGCCGGCGCCCCUACGCCGGGAAACCUAGCAUUUCAUUCCAAAGUCCGCAUCUGGAUGACACUACAAAAAAAAAAAAAAAAAAAAAAAAAAAAAGAAAAGUCCUCUUAGCCCACGCUGGAGAACAAGCAGCUUUAAUCACAGCUGUGCUGUUGCCACACAAAGCCUGAAUGUCUUUUCCGUUGUGUUUGUUUGUUUGUUUGUUUGUUUUGUUUAAGAUUUUUGGUCUCGUAUUUCACAUGAAGCGCGUUCGGUUGGAUGGGCGACGCCCGUUUUAGUGGGAGGGAGUUAUUUGGGGCGGAGCCACUGCAGACUCCUCCCCUUCCCUCUGUCCUGUGUGAACCACUCCAGGACCCUCUGAUCACCCCUCCAGGACCCGCUGAUCACCCAUGAUGUUAGAUCCCAGCAUCCGUUUCCUUUUUCUCCACAAUUUCUGUUUUCGAGUGGCGGAACCGAUCCGGUGCCAGAGCGUUAGGGCAGAGCCUGUUCUCAGACCCAGUGUCCGGCACACCUUCUUCACCAGGGAUCUGCUGACUGGCACCAUGCCCGUUCCUCACACACAGUGUGUGUGCUUUUUCCCUGUGACACAACAAGCACUGAUAUGUGAUUGGGCCAGAUGUGUGACGUGAGCCGUGACCUUACCCAAUCGGAGUAGGUGGUGAAUCAUUGAUAACAGAAAAAGGAUCAGGGCACUCCUCUAUUAAAAAUGGCUUCAUUAAUGUGGCAUGUCCGCAGAUUAGAUUGUUUUAAAACCAUGUUGCAGCUGCCUAAUCCUUUAGUCAGGGUAUCAGAUGGUGAAACGUGUUCGAGAAGGCUGUUCUUGCUGUUAUUUUUGCCCCAGAAUUCAUUCCCCACAGGCAAAGGGAAGAGGAACGAAACUAAAGUAUGGGUACAAGCAGGAUCGACUUGUAUAUAUUAACCUUUAUCACCCGUCUCUUUCAUAAUAUCUAAUAUAUAUAUAUGACAUGUAUAUAUAGUGUGCUUUUGGUUCAUCUUGGUGCUAAAAUCAUGUCUGAAUCAGGGACUCGGGUGGGAAUAUAUCCUUUUCUUUUUUAGUUCCAGUGACGCUGGUGAGGUCUAAAGGGUUUAGUCCCAGUGACACUGGUGAGGUCUAAAGGGUUUAGUUCCAGUGACGCUGGUGAGGUCUAAAGGGUUUAGUUCCAGUGACGCUGGUGAGGUCUAAAGGGUUUAGUCCCAGUGACGCUGGUGAGGUCUAAAGGGGGUCCAAAGACAGUGUCCCACAGUGGCGCCCCACAGGUCCCCCCUUCACGUUUCAAACGAGGAAGUGCUGGCACCGCCACGCCGCGGUUUCCCCUUUCAUUGGAACUUCCGUCUUGUUUUUUUGUUUGUUUUGCGCAAAGCCGGCCUUUUCAUGUCCUCGUUCACUGUUUAUUGGAGGACCGAGGUGGACGAUGUGUCUGGAGGUGAGCCCUAAUGUUUUUUUUACACCCCAAGUAAAAAAAGGGUCCACUCCGAUUCGCUCCGCCGGUCCAAAGUGACCUGUUCCAGAAACGCGUCAGUACCUGUACAGUUUGGUGUUAAUCGUGGCUCACAACAUUUCUUCAGGAAGUCGUGCUAAUAAACGCAUUUCUUAAACGUUUAUCAGUGACUGGGGCGAAACACACUAAAGCGUACCCCACCAGGGUUUUCCCGUGACAUUGAUUCAUCCUUUCACCCUCCGUUUUGUACAGACACUUUGAGCCUGCAAACGAAGCCAAGACAAUUUAACCACAGGCAUGGAUUUUGUGUUGCACUCGCAACAAAUGUGUAAUCCUUAACAGACAUGGUUCGUGCCCGCCAUCUUGGUUGUUGCCGUUCGCCAGGAUAGAAAUGUAAGGUGGAUCUGGCAUUCACCGUGAUAGGAAGCGUGCGGUGGAUUUUUUGACCUUUCUGGGACGCCGUAGCUUUAGACUCCGUGCUCUUAAUCACUUAUGUGACCUCUGACCUUGUUUAUAGUUGGAAACACAAAAAAAAAAGUGAUCUCAUCAAGGAUUUUUGGUCCUGUAUUUGACCAGACGUGGUUAGCUAGUUGAUCUGUCGACCUGGAGAGACCAGAAGCGCGAAUGCUGUUCUUUUCAGAUCUCUCACCUUUGCAUUUCCAAACUCAAGCUGACCUUAGGGGUCAAAGUUCAUGGUGUAUAUUGUCCCUAUUUCCUGUUUUUAUUUUUUUAUUAUUUUUUUUUUCCCAAAGCAGAAGAGAAGCCAGCAGGCAGCUGAUUGGCUGUGGAAACACACUAGCAGGCUCUGAAUGGCGUCCUGUGUCAGUGGCGUGGGUGUGCUUUGCCUCUCUCGACACUGGAACGGAAGAGUUCUCACAUUCAGACUAGUACGUUACGGGGAUCGGCUCAGACCCUUCAAACGGAAGCACGCUCGGUGAUGUCACACGCUGACCUCUGACCCGAGAUUAACCUCACGUUCUCGGAUGUCAUCGUCCCCCGUACACUAACAGCUGGCCUGUCACCUUGUCACACUACGUGGUUUCUGCUGUCCUGUGAUUGGCUGUUCCCUCCCCGGGUAACACACAGAAGUCGUGUUUAUAUGGAGCCCCUUAUGGUCAGGGCUUAAAGAGCAGUUAGGUUUUGCUCCAGGUUAAAAUUGAAAUGCAGGGAAAGCCUCUGAUUGGAUUUACCAAGAAUUUGUCACUUUCCUAUGUGAUGUUAAGUUUGUGGUGUGUGAUUGGUGCAUCUUUAAAAAACACUUUUCCUUGGUUUCCCAUUAUUUUGCUUGAGGCAACGGGAAUAUUGCAGGUAGAGAAAAAGGUCUAGUCCCUGCGUGACUUUAAACUCCCCUUUAGCGUGUCGCCCCAACGUGCCAUCUUGUUCCACGUCUUUGUGUCAGCGCCCCCCCCCCAACCCCCCGCCCUCCCAACAUUUCAAAAUGUUGUGCAAAGGCAAUCACAGCCCUACAUUCCAAAUAUCGGAAAAAGACAAAUCCAUGUGAAUCUAUGCGCCUGAAAGCAGGAAAGAAAAUCUCAAGAUGAGAAAAGACUAGAAAAUGUUUUGUGUUUUAUAAAUGUCCAAUCAUCAUUUCAUUUUUCCAUUGUUUAUUUUUCUUUAUUAUAAUUAUUAUGGUUAUUAAGAUAUAAGAAUGCUGUAGUAUCUUAAUGUAUUAUUCUUUUAAGUAGGCUUAGAACUUGCUUGUGAAUAAUAGAUUGCAAUGUAAAACUGUCAAAAUGUAAAAACGGAAAAAAAGGAAAACAAAAACUACAGGAAAAAAAAUGAAAGUAACAGUCAAGGCCAAGGAAAGGGCUCUUGUUUCUUUGUGUUUUAUUUUUUUAAUAGCAACUUAUCACUGUGUGAUAUUUUGUACAUCAUGUAUUCAAACUAUUUCCUCUAACCACAAGGGACAAGGGGCCUGCCUUUUAUUUAUUUCAUUUAAUUUUUUGUAACGCAUUCUAGCUUGUAUCAAAAGAUAUAUUUUCCUUUUCCUCCUGUUUGUUUACUUUGCGGGUCUUGUAUCGUACGUCAUUAUGGAAUAAAAAAAGAAAAAAAAAAGUUUUGUACAUAGAACCGAAAA